CCCGCCCGGGGCAGGUCGGGAAGGCGGCGGGCAUUUUGAAUGGUCGCGCGGCGGCGGGCGACUCUCCGUCUCCCUUCAGCAGCGCGCCAUGGCGGGGCCCGGCCCGGCGGGGCUCUACGAGAGGUAUGUGACUCAGGCAAAAGAAGAGGCCAGGAAUGGAAAUCUGGAAGAGUCUCUUAAACUCUUCAACCUUGCAAAUGAAAUUCAUCCCAGUGAAAAGCUGAGAAGCAGAAUCAAAAGGCUUGAGGAAACACUUGCAGAGCUGGCACUUGCCACAGAGGAAGAGGAGGGAUUCGUGGAUGUAUGUAACAGUGGUCUAAUGAUCUAUGGAGAGAUGCACAACAAACUCUUUGAGUAUCAGAGAGAAGGCGUGGCCUUCCUAUACAGUCUCUACCGUGAUGGAAGGCAAGGAGGUAUAUUGGCAGAUGACAUGGGUUUGGGAAAGACUAUCCAGAUCAUUGCACUCCUUUCUGGGAUGUUUGAUGCUGAACUCAUACAGUUUGUACUGCUAGUCAUGCCAACCACCCUUGUUAGCAACUGGAUGAGAGAGUUUACUAAGUGGACUCCAGGACUGAGGGUGAAAGACUUUCAUGGCACCAGCAAGACUGAGCGUAACAGAAAACUAGAGAGAAUCCAAAGAAAGAAUGGCAUAGUGAUCACAACAUAUCAAAUGCUGAUCAAUAACUGGCAACAGCUUUCUAGCCUUAGUGGACGAGAAUUUGUCUGGGACUAUAUUAUUCUUGAUGAAGCCCAUAAAAUUAAGUCCCCAUCUGCUAAAACCACUAAAUCUGUAUAUGCUAUUCCUGCAAAAAAUCGCAUCCUCCUCACAGGGACACCAGUCCAAAAUAAUCUGCGUGAGAUGUGGUCCUUGUUUGACUUUGCAUGUCAGGGGUCCCUCCUAGGAACAGCGAAGACCUUUAAAAUGGAAUAUGAGAAUCCUAUUACAAGGGCAAGGGAGAAAGAUGCGACUCCAGGAGAGAAAGCACUUGGACUUAAGAUCUCUGAAAAUCUAAUGACCAUUAUAAAGCCAUACUUUCUCCGAAGAACUAAAGAAGACAUACAAAAGAAGUACAAUUCUGACAAAGUUAAAACCCAUCUUCCUGAAGAUCAGAGUAAGAACAUUGCUCCUGUAAUGCCCUCUCUUACCAGGAAAAAUGACUUCAUUGUGUGGGUGUAUUUAGCACCAGUUCAAGAAGAAAUAUACAGGAACUUUCUCUCUUUGGAUCAUGUGAAGGAGGUGUUAAUGACAACACGGUCGCCUUUGGCUGAGCUGAAUGUCUUAAAGAAACUAUGUGAUCACCCCAGGUUGUUGUCAGCACGAGCAUGUAGCCAGCUUGGCUUGGAAGGAGGUGGUUACCCUGAGCAGGAUGAUGAGAAUGAAGGGGGUGCAUUUUCAGGAACUAACAAAAUUGAUCAUCUCUCUGAUGAGAUUCUGAUUCAAGAGUCUGGAAAAUUGAUGUUCCUCAUGGGACUUCUAGAAAGGCUGCAAGAGGAGGGGCAUAGAACUUUGGUAUUUUCUCAAUCAAGAAAAAUGCUGGAUAUCUUGGAGCGCAUUUUAACUCACAGACAUUUUAGGACCAUGCGUAUUGAUGGAACAGUGACACACUUAGUGGAACGAGAAAGGAGGAUUGGUGUGUUUCAGAGUAAUAAGGAUUACUCUGUCUUCUUGCUUACUACACAAGUAGGUGGUGUUGGCAUAACCUUAACGGCAGCUAGCAGAGUGGUGAUCUUUGAUCCCAGCUGGAAUCCAGCUACUGAUGCCCAAGCUGUGGACAGAGCUUAUAGGAUUGGACAAAAAGAAAAUGUAGUAAUUUAUAGGCUGAUUACCUGUGGUACAGUAGAAGAAAAAAUAUAUAGGCGACAAGUCUUCAAGGAUUCAUUAAUAAGACAAACUACUGGUGACAAAAAGAACCCAUUUAGGUAUUUCACUAAACAGGAAUUAAGGGAGCUCUUUACGUUGGGAGACACUCGAACCUCUGCAACGCAGAUUCAGCUGCAGUCCUUGCAUGCCACCCAAAGAAAGACUGACUUAGAGCUGGAUGAACAUAUUGCUUAUCUGCACUCGCUGGAAAUGUUUGGCAUUUCGGAUCAUGACUUAAUGUAUACACGAGAAAUAGCUCAAGAAGAACAGGCUGAAAAUGAAGACGCUCAUCAGUAUAUUCAACAAAGGGUACAGAAGGCCCAAGAGCUGGUCCAGUUAGAAUCUCAGCUCAAAGACCAAUUGAUGGGGAGAAUCAAAAGUGAUACUGAGGGAGCAUGGCUGAGACCAACAGUAUCGUCUUCACAACCAAAAAAUAAAUCACCAGAGUUUAACACAAAUCACUUUAUUUCACCACCUGUAUUAGUUGAACCUGCAAAUGAUGAAGCUGUUGAUCUUACAGAGGAUGAAGAUGUUGCUAAUGUCAGUGCUAGAAUGACAAGUUUGCUUAUUGUGGAUUCAGAGGAAGAGAAGUCUGCACAGGAUGUGUCUAAUAUGGAUGUUAAUGAAUUGCAUACUAGCAGUAAGGUAUUGAAACAAUCCAAUAUACAUGAACCUGAACAAAAACUUGAUCCAAAUUUUAUACCUUCUUCCCUUGGAGUUUACUCAUUUGUUAACAAAGAGAGUCAUAGUCCUGAAUCAAGAAGACACUCUCAUCGCUCACAAAGCAUAAACGAUAUCCAAAUUACCUCUUCGCUGUUUUCACAGCCUUCGUUUAAUGGAUCUGUCUUUGCCGAUGAUCCUAAAAGAUAUAGAAAUGCAGAAAUGUCACUUCAAACUCAUGAUCUUUAUGACCCAGAAGAUGAUGGGAAUGAAAAUCCUGAGCUAGCUUCUCCAGGAGCAUCCAAAAGUCUAUUGAAUGUCAUGUCAGAAUUCCCUAGUGGACUCCAGAAGUCUCAUGUGAGUGAAGCCAGUUUGGAGGCUACAUCUGUCGCAUCUUCUCAGUAUCAGGCUGACUUCAAUCUUGUUUUGGAAGACUCUGAAGAUGGACAGCAAGACAUCUCAAAAAGGGAAAAAUUACUGGAGUACACAGAAAACACAGGCUUUCAUCUCCAAGUAGGAAACCAUGGUAGUUCUGCAAUGAAUUCUUGGGUAAGAGAAGAUGAUGACAACUUUGGGAAUUCCUGUAACGUAGCCAUGGAUAACCUAAAUGACUCUAUACCAGUGAGUGAAGCCUUGAUGGAAAGUGGUGAUGACAUGCCUAUUGGCAAAAAGAAGCGGGCGAGAAGAAUUGUUUCUGAUAGUGAAGAUGAAGAUAAUUCAGUCAUGAUUUUGGAUGAAAAUCCGCCUGAAAAAAUGUCCUCUCCCUUAAACAGCCCUCUAUGUCCAUCUCUGAUGGGGAUUAGUUCAUCUACUCCUAAAUGUGAUAAAUCUAUAGUAAACCCCAUUUUUUCCCCAAGAGGAAACAAGUCUACAGCUUCUAGAAGAUCUCUUAUUAUUGCAGUGUUGGACGAGGUUGAGGAUAUUGAAGAAACCAUAGGAGCUCUCAGCCAAACAGAGGAUAGUGAUGAGGUACAAGAAGAACUUGUGGUAGAAGAAGCUGAAGAGCAUAGUGUGGAGCCUGAGGAAGAACCUAUUGGAGAAACACUUGAUACAGAAGGUACAACCAGUUAUUUAGAUGAUACAGAAUCUGUCAUAUCUGAGGCAGAUGAUAUUGAGGAAGAGCCUCAAGAGGAAUCGACUGGUGAUCCUGAGCUGCUAUCUGGUGAGCAAAUGGACUGCUUUUCAAAGGAGAGUGCAGGCCAGAAAGAUAAUCCGACUAUUGUAGAUUCUCUUCAUGCACCAGAUAAUUAUGAUGCCCUGAUAGAGUGUGGGAAGAAACUGAAAGACAAUGGAAAACUACAGGAUGCAUUGAACUGUUUCCUGCAAGCUCUUGACAUAAAAAAUGGAGAUCCUGAAGUUAUGCUUAUAACUUUAAAUUUGUAUAAACAACUAUCGCAGAGGUGAGGACUUGGUUACAAGUCAAUUCCCAAAAGAACAAUCGCAAACCCAAUCUCACUUUUUCUGAGGGGAAGGACCCAAAAAAACCACCUUUUAUCUAAGCUACCGAAUUGACUUGGAUAAUGGACAAGAUUUGACUUUUUUAAAAGGCUGGCACUGACAGAAGCUACAGUGAGGUGAGACUAAAACUACAAAAGAGACUUGGGAGGUAAACAUACUCAAUUUUUUUAAAGAGGAUAGAGCAAAUUUUACAAUUGCAUCUCUGAGCAAGGUAUUGUUUCAAGAGCAGUUUGUAACUUCCACUUGGGUGCUGGAGAGAAGGGUAUUUAUUUUGCAUGCAGUUCACAAAGGCAAAAAGUCACUAAUUGUAUGUUUAGAAAAAUGUUUAAAGUUUAAAAAAAGAGAAACAAUUACUUUCUAUACUCCAUGUCUGUCUUACUUGCAGUAUACUAACUUGCCUCUGUGUUUUAUACUUUUCCCUUCAAGUUUGGUCAAUACAUUUUGUCCCUCCGUAGACCAAGUGAAGAGGGAGGCUUGAUUACUAAAGCAUGGAAAACUGUUAGGCUUCACAGUUGCAGCCUAUGUCGGUCAUUGAGGCAUCUGAUUUAAUGCUGGGAAACUACUGUUACUGCUGAGCCCCUGAACUGGGCUAGUACAAGGGUUCUAUGGUACCCAUUGCUACUCACUUGUGUCCCUGAUGUUAUGCCUCAUUAACUAUGUUAGGAGUGCUGUGUAUCUGCCCCAAACUUCCCAUGGGGGGAUUUUCAUCUUGGCACAGACACCUGCAGAACAGUCAGGAGUAGCUUCAACCCAUCCAGCUACUGCUGUGGAUUUAAGUUGCCUUUCCUGGGAAGAUAGGAGAGAGCAAAGCACUGCCACAUUGGGAGCAUCUGGUGGUGGGCGC